AGCGGCCGGUGGACGAGAUCUCAAAGGCAAUAGUGGAUAUGGGAUUCAAUUGCGUGCGGUUGACUUGGCCGCUCUUCUUGUUCACCAAUAACUCCUUGGCCUCCCUCACUGUCAGGCAGUCCUUCCAGAAUCUGGGGCUGGUUGAUGCCAUUUCUGGGAUUCAAGCUAAUAACCCCGCCAUUGUUGAUCUCUCCCUCAUCAAAGCUUACCAGGCAGUGGUGCAGAGCCUAGGAAAGAACAACGUGAUGACAAUAUUAGACAAUCACAUUAGCAAGCCUGGUUGGUGUUGCAGCAACUUCGACGGCAAUACUUUCUUCGGCGACACUUACUUUGACCCUAAGCUAUGGCUCACCGGCCUUGCCAACGUGGCCGCCAUGUUCAAUGCCACCUCCUCUGUUGUUGGAAUGAGCUUACGCAAUGAACUUCGAGGGCCCAAACAGAAUGUCAAUGAUUGGUACAAGUACAUGCAACAAGGAGCUGAAACAGUGCAUGCAGCAAACCCUAAUGUUCUAGUCAUCCUCUCCGGGCUAAGCUUCGAUAAGGAUCUAUCUUUCCUCAAGAAUAAGCCAGUGAACUUGACGUUCUCGGGCAAGUUGGUUUUUGAGGUGCAUAGGUAUAGCUUCACUGAUGGGCAGGAGUGGUCAUCGGGCAACUCGAACAGAGCAUGUGGGCGAAUAAGUAAUGACAUAAUGAGCAGAGGAGGGUUUUUAUUGGAUAAAGGGUACCCAUUGUUUGUGAGUGAGUUUGGGAUUGAUCAAAGGGGUAUUAAUGUAAAUGAUAAUAGGUAUAUCAGCUGCUUCUUGGGUUUGGCAGCUGAGUUGGACCUUGACUGGGCACUAUGGACACUGGCUGGAAGUUAUUACAUUAGGGAAGGAACUGUUGGACUUGAAGAGUUUUAUGGGGUUCUUACUUGGAAUUGGAGUCAGCCAAGGAACACCACCUUCCUUCAGACCAUUUCCGCCCUUCAGUCUCCAUUUCAAGGACCAGGUUAUGAAGAGUGUUGUCCACAUAAACUAAUUUUCCAUCCAAUGACUGGGCUAUGUAUUAGAAGAGUUUCACUCCUCCAACCACUUGAGUUAGGUCCAUGCUCUGAGUCAAUAGCAUGGAAUUACUCUACAUCUCCAGC